AUGUUUGCUUUAAACCUGAAACAUUUGUAUAAUAUAACAGAGAAAGUUAUUAUACGGAAUUUAAGGAACAGGCAAAAGCUAGAUGUUUCAACAGGUGCGAACCCGGGCUUGAACAAAAGGAUUAAAGCAUUUACAGAGCAAGGAAUUAAAAUUGAAGAUGAAGAUGCAGAGGAAUUUGUAGAAAAGUCAGAUAGCGAUUUCUAUAAUGUUGGUGAAGCAUAUAACGAACACUUACAUGAGACGUUAAUUGGCAAAUAUGAAUUACGGCGUAGAAUUGUCAAGGAAAAAUAUUUUAAAGAGAACAUGCCAAAUCUACUAACUUGGAGCGAAAAAGAACAAAUUCGUCACUUAGCUUCUACAGAUCCCAAUGAGUGGACACCAGAGAGAAUAGCGGAGAGCUUUCCUGUUACAGCACAAGUUGUAAAGAAAUUAUUAAAAUAUCCUUGGAAGCCAGCUACAGAACAGCGUAUUGCAAGGCAUGAUGCUUCUGCUAUGAGGAACUGGAGGGAACUAGAAGAAGGAUCAUUAGAUAUUCCAGAUGAUUUACGUAAACACUUCCUUAAGUUCUGCAAUCGCACCAUACCCCCACUUAAUAAGAAAUCAAUAAAGAUUGAUCUUACUGACACAGAAAAACUGGGAGAAUUUGAGCAAAUAAUACAAAGGUGUUCACAAAAUGAUAAAAAGGCUGAUGGUGGAAAUUUUGAGACCACUGAACAAAGUGAUGGUACUGCAGAUGAAGCAUAUAAAACCAAAGUCACUAGGGAUACAAAAAGAAUGACAUUGGAUGAAUUAAAAAAAGAAAUUGAUAAGAGGUUACAAAGUGGUAUGGAGGUAGAAAUGCCUGAUAAAAUAUUAAUGGACACUGUUAAGAAUUUAGAUUCUACAAUAAAUACUGAGGAUAAAAAAGAAGAAAUUAUUCAUGUACCAGAAGCAGUAGAAAUAACGGAAUACCAAGAAAGUGAUAAACAAUCAAUUCAAGCAAUAGACUAUCCUGAGAGAAUAAGAAUUCCAAAGAAAGUUUACAAAAAAGAUGCCACAUAUAAGUUAAACGAUUGUUAUUAUGAUCAUGAUGGUAGGUUUUUGUACAGAGUUUUAGGUUUAUCUGAAUUAAGUCAGAGUAGUAAAUAA